UGACGAGAUAAUGGCGACCUUUACUGAUGGAUUAAAAGGUCGCACGGUUUGCGGUGAUCAACCUUCUUUGUCUUUGCCACCUCCACCUCCCACCGUGUCCUCCACCUGACUUGAAAUAUCACAAGUCCUCGAACGUGACUUUGUGUUUAAAAAAAAAAAAUCCAGGGAGGGAGCUGAGGUAGCGCUGCUCACAGUCUCUGCUUCUCAGCCUGCUGUCCCGAGCUGGGGGGAUGGGGUGAACCAAAAGCCUGUUAAUUCCUGUCUACAAAUAGAAAAUUUAUAAGCCGAAUAGACAAGUGGAGCGAGAGAAAGAGAGAGAAGCUGCACUCAAAUGAAACUCGCAGCCGUUGCUUCGACUGUAACGUAAUUAAAUACAACGGUUAGCUUGUAGUUGGAGCCGUUGGGUGAGACGAGAGAUUUCGCUCGACGCGAGGGCUUUAAAAAAGUCGCUUCUUAGCGACUAAAGGUGAUUAUAUAAUGAGGAUUUUUGACGUGGCUUGGUUAGGGACACUUUGGAAAUCCGUUUUAGGCGCAAGUGUUGCGAUAAAUGCGAGACACAUAGUGAUUUAAAAACAGGAAGCAAGGAGGCAGCAGACAAAGGAGGAAAGAAGAAACAAAGGAAGGACGUUUCACUCUGGCUCGGCUACUGAAUGUUUCUCAAAAUACCCCAGUUAGGGCUUUUUCUACCAACUUCUGGUGGUGGUUUUCAGCUUUAGUUUGUUUUUAUGGAGAAUUAUCCCCAGUUUCUGUCCUGUCCUUCACUGUGACUCAGGACUUUCCAACGCCACCAGCAGGGCCUGAAAUAUGAGCUUUCCCUUUGUUUGCUAAAGUUAACCCCAUAUAUGUUGGUUUAAACUGGUGUCUUAUAGAAAACAAGACUGAGGCUUUCUCAUAAGUUCCUGCUGCAUGCGAUUAACAUUUUUGUGAAAGGAAACUGUGGUGAGUGGUUGUGUCUGCUGGAAACUCCCUGCCUUGCCCUGUCAGGUGGGUUUUCUAAUGCAUAAUGCACCUCAUUAAGGUCGAUCUUGUCAGAUCGAAAGCCUUUGGUGGGUCAAAUGUCAGUUUUCUGAAUGGCGAUACAGACAUAACGUUUUUAUCACUAUACAUUUUGUUUAUUUAAUAAUGACUAAAGUGAAGAUCAAAAGCUUGUUGCAACUUUUGGCUAUAAAUUAGAAAUGCUUUUAAUUUUACUGGUAAAUCAUUUCAAUUUUGUUAGCUUUGUGCUUCGUGUUCUUUGAUAGAGAUGGCAGGUUUGAAUUAAAUGGAAAAAUUAACAUAAAUAUCACCAGUGAUGUUUUAUUCCUAAUGUUAGAUUUCUAUGUAGGGAUGGGCUUUUAUAGGCAUAAAGUUUUAAAUCUUCUGUGAUAUUAAUUGUGAUUGUAAUGACAAUCACAAUAGGGCUCUUUGACACCCAUUCCAAUCUUGGGACAAUUCAAUUUAUUUAUUAAGAACCACAACACACAUACCAAAAUACUUAGUGCAGCUUUUUUGUUUCAGAAAUUGGCAAUAUUUCAGAUAAUACAGAGUGUUGCUUGAUUGUAUAUAGAGAUAAAUCAAUGGGAGUUCAUUUUAAUGCAUUUGUUCAACAUGAGGGGGAAGGAAAUCUCAUCUGUCAGCAUUUGACCUGCCAGUCAAGGGAACACCGGGCGACACCAGCAUCUCUACUCUGAAUCUAUUCACCUGCAGUGAGAGAGUCUAACAAAAAUAAUUCACUAAAAAUAAAGACGGCCUGUUAUCAAAAAGUCACAUUGAGCGGUGCAGCUGUGCUGCUACAAAAACAAAACAAUAACACUCAGCCAUAACUUGAACUGCAGCAUUUUUUUAUCAUUACCCAGCUGUAGAAAAUAGCUCAUUUUGUUUGUUGUAAUCAAAAAAUGACUAAUUCUUAUCCCAUAAUCCUUCUAUUCACAGCAAAUGAUAGACAGUAUGAUUGCUUAACAACGUAGGUAUAUGUAGACAGGUCUGUGGUUCGUGUGGCAUGUGAACCAAAAGGUAACGAAUGAGCAAACAUGAACCAUUUCAUUUUGAGCUUUAGCUGCCAAUCUAGAGAAGACAAAGCAUGCCUUAAAAUAAUAAAUAAUAUAUUCAAUAAAUCCAGUUUAAAAAUGUCUUUAUGAAUAUGUUCUUUAUAGUUAAGUAAAUGUCAGGAAAAUAAAAUUGGAAAGAAAAACAAACUGAGGAGUGACAAGCUCAUUAUUGAAUAUUAAACAAGUGGCCACGACAAUACCGAAUUAAGAUGCUCUUUAUGGAACGACAAAAUAGUUUUCCGGUGACAUAAUUAUGUUAUUGAACCACUUAUUCAUAUCUAUAUUUAUUGUUAGUAUGGGAGGUUUUGAUCUUCCAAAUGUUCCUAGCUCACUCACUCUGUCUGGUGUUUUUCAAGAGUUUGCAGUUGAACAUGUGACUCAAUUGGCAGUGGCCUUUUGUAAGCUUUUCCAAGAGCUUUAUUGACACAGAACUAGCUUGUUGGUGUAAAGGGGCAUGGAAGGAGGGUGCGAGUGAGUUAGAGUACUUUGUGGCGCUUGCUGAUAAGAAGCCCCCAAGCGUUCAUGUACGCGACAUCCUAAAAAAAAACACACACCUGCCGGCCUCUCCUUGAACAUUGACUUGAUUUUUCUCCUGUUUGUCUGUCAGCUGGAUAUAAACAAGCUUUUUAAGACAAUAAAAGCGCUUGUCGAGUCACAGCAGAGCGAGGCCAAAGGUUGUUUACUAGGGAAAUAUGAGGCUGUUGAUGGGAUCAAAUGAUAUGCUAAACAGCCUCUCAAUAAGGAUGGGCAGAUCUGGGUCUUCCUGUCUGUUCAUCAGAGGUGUUUUUGAUGUGUUGCGUAAAAGUCAGUGUGUCUUAUUACACAACUUCCUGUGGUGUCCUGCUGCAUCAAAGGCAGACCGUAACGUCACAGCACUACAUGUUCUGCCAAAUUGCUCAAGCAGACACACAAACACACACACGGAGGCUUGUUUUUCUGUGGCACAGGAACUUUUCCCAACACCUUGAAACGCAGGACGCCUCCUUAAACUGCUGAACUACUUUGUUGCUUCUCUUUUGGCCAGCAGAAAGUGGCUGUACCUGACGAGAAAUGUUUGUCGUACUGUGGAGCAGCAGCUGCUUGUGAGUCAGAGCUUCACUUUGUGCUUUUAUUGUUAUGGGUUUCCGUGAAUGACCCGAUAAGGCCAUGAAAGGGAGUCUCUGUAGCGGCCUAUGAGGAAGAAGGGCCAGUUCAUCAGAAAAGGUUUUGACAAGAAGUGGACAAAACAAGGAACGCUGUGAUCGGAGAGCCGGGUGGAGGAAAAUCGCAAUGGCUCAAGAGACGAACCAGAGCCCGGUCCCCAUGCUUUGUGCCACAGGCUGUGGUUUCUAUGGCAACCCAAGAACCAAUGGGAUGUGCUCUGUUUGCUACAAGGAACACCUGACGCGACAGCAGAGCAGCGAUCGCAUGAGCCCAAUGGGCUCCACUGCUAGUCCUACCUCAGAGGCCUCAGCCAUCCAGAGACUAGAAGCCAGUCUAGCUAAGGUUGACGCCUCCCCUGCCUCCUCACCAGACAUGUCUAGCAGGACUGUUCAAGGAUCUCUUCCUGUAACCCAACAGAUGACAGAGAUGAGCAUCUCCAGAGAGGACAAGCCUGAACUCCUAGAGCCUGUUGUAAGCCAGCCUGCUGCUUCUAGUCCUUCUCCGGUAGCUUCUCCCAGCACUGAAGAAAGCAAGGGUGAAACCCCCAAACCCAAGAAAAACCGAUGCUUCAUGUGCCGCAAAAGAGUGGGCCUUACAGGGUUCGACUGUCGCUGUGGUAACCUGUUCUGUGGUAUCCAUCGAUACUCCGAUAAGCACAACUGUCCCUACGAUUACAAGGCCGAGGCUGCCGCCAAGAUCCGCAAAGAGAAUCCCGUGGUUGUGGCUGACAAGAUCCAGAGAAUAUAGAUGGGGGGGAUGGUGUUGGAAAUGAGGAAACAUCUUGCGAAAGACUGGAGAAUGAGUGAAAACCUUUGACAUGAGUGCAAAUGGCUAAAUCAAAAGGACUUGAUUCAUAAAAAUGAUGGAAAAAAAAAAAAUCGAGAAAAAAAUCGAAAGACCCUACCUGAGGGAGAUGCAUGAAUGAUCACUUUUUUUCAUUUUCAUUAAUUCAUUAGAUUGUUUUAAUCUCGUUUUCUGUGGUGUGAAUUUGCCGCCGUUGAGUCCUUUUCCUUUUUUGUUUUAUUUUUUGUGUUUUAUUAAGAGCAGACCAGGCAUGAUGUCCAGGAUAUGCUGUGCUCCCCUCACCAAAACCAGGUUGUCAUUUUGUGCCAAACAGCCAUUUUUACUAAACCCUCAAAGGAUUCAGAUUACAGAGAAAAAGAAAUCUGCCCGCUUUGUCCCUUAAUCCUAAAGAAAAAACGUAAGCAUCACUCUUGAAUAGGAGAAUUUUUUUUUUUUUUUUACCGUGUUUCUCCUAGCUUUACCUACCUCAGAGCUGCUGUGUUGUCUUCCCUUCUAUCUGAAUCCCUGAUUGAACCUCCAAUUAGCUCACCUGUGUUCACUUUCAUAGUUUGGGUUUUCAUAAUACACACAAAGAUCCCCCCCCACUCUUCAAUCAGAUCUGAACAACAAACCCGACUUGGAAAUAUGGUCCCAGAUCUGAUCGCAAUCGAUCGACUGGUGCCGGGGCUGAGCGCUGAUGUUCGGCCUGAGAGGGCAGACGCCGGCACCCGUUCCUGAUGUGCCGGGUGCGCCAAUUUCAAAUGUUGCGAGGGGCAUAAAUGAAUGGAAUAAAUGCAUGAGUUGCUUUUCAUCUGCUUUAGUGUUUCAGAAAUAUCACUCGCCUUAGGGUUUUUUUUGGGGGGGCAUUUCAUUUCCAGAGACAAUUAUCUGAUUUUUAUUUUAUCAAAUUUUUUUUUUCUUCUUCCAUUGUACUGAUGUUGACGCAUGGACUUGGUGCAUUUAUGGAUUUUUUUUUUUUUUUUUUGCGCUAACACAACAGUCAUGUGAGCACAGUGUGUGUGUGUGUGUUAUUACGUGGGUGUGUGUCCCCCCUCUCCUCCUUCCUCCCGUCCUUUUUAGCUGUGGAGCUACCCGGUUUAUCAGCACAUGUUUACAGAAGUACAGGAGCAUGCCAGAGCUAGAUUAAUGAAAAAUAAUAGAAACUGAGAUUAGACGUAACUUCUCAUCUGUCAAGCGUUUAUCGAUCUAUAGAGCGCAAGUGUGCAUUUGUGCGUGUGCAUGUGCACUUCCCUGUGCAAAAAAAUGAAAAAGAAAAGUGUGUUUUCAUGGCUGCCUGACACGUGUAUGUUUGUGACUUGUUACUUUUCCCCCAGUGAGAAUGCUUUUCAUUAAAAUAACUGAGUUUUUUUUCUUUUCUUUUUUUUUUUGAUUCUUAGUUAUAUGCAAAUUUGUACAAAAAAGUGAAAAAAAAAAAACAACAAACUGUGUUGAUAUUUAUGUAUUGCAUAUAAUCUUGCUAUCCAGCAUUACAACAGAAUAGUAUCAUGUAAAUAAAACUGUACAGAGAGACAUAA